GAGUCCUUCACAAUCUCUGACACGCCCGACCGCCUCCGUCCCGUCGCCUCCUCGCCGCCGCGACGAGACGAGACGACCCUACAAAUACGCCCGCCCACUUCGGCCGCGUCAGCCGCCGCCACUUCCCGGAUCCCGAUGCCCCGCACCCAGAUUCCAUCCCCCUGUCGCGCUGCUACCCUGUUCCUAAUCCCAGCUCGGGGCCUCUGACGGGGGGGCCGAGGCGCCAAACCCCCCGCCCCUAGGGUUUGGGGGCGGAUCGAUCCGGCUAGGGUUCGGCCGGAGCUGCUCCAAUGGCGGAUCGGGAGGAGGACGAGGAGCUCCAGAUGGCGCUCCGCAUGAGCCUCCAGGGCUCCCCACCGGCGCAGCCCGAGCCCAAGCGCAGCAAGCCGCCGCCACCGCCCCCCGCCGCGGAGUUGUCGCCGGAGGCGGAGGCCCGCCGGAAGCAGCGCGAGCUCAUGGCCGCCGCCGCCGAGAAGCGCCUCCGCGCGGCCGCCGUCUCGGUGGCGCGCUCUUCUCCGCCGCCGCAGCAGGCGGUGGUGGAGCCAGCCCCCGCCCCCUCCCCUGAGGCCGCCGAAGAGGAGAAGGCGGACCCGGAACCGACCGGCAUAUCUAUGGAGGAAGCGGAGGAGGUGGAGGUGGCGGAGGGGGAAGGGGAAGAGGAAGAGGAAGAGGGAGGGGAGGAGUUGCCUCCAGAUGUCGCUGAGCAGCUGUGGGCAAUGGUGUUCGGCGCAGGGGUUUCGAAGGCCGUUUUGGCGCAGUGGAGCAAUCAGGGCAUCAGGUUUAGCUCCGACUCAGAAACAACUAUGGGACUUGUACAACAUGAAGGAGGUCCCUGCGGUGUUUUAGCAACCGUACAGGCUUAUGUCCUUAAAUAUCUUCUGUUUUUCUCUGAUGACUUGAGGAACCCAGAGGUCAGUAACCCACUGUAUACUCUGGGACAAAGACACUUUUAUCAGAGUUCUUUUGCUGCGGGGGAUGAUUUUUCGUCUCUGACUGAUGGUAGAAAGACAAGAGCAUUGGUUCAUGCUAUGGUGGAGAUUCUAUUUUUAUGUGGAACUGGGAAAAGAGCUGUUGUAGCAUCCAUUGCACGUGUCAAUCGUGGAAAAACCAAUGCAGUUUUGGAAGGUCUUUCUGUUGAAUCAGCAACGGAUCUGCAGAAAAUUCUUAGAACAAGUACAUUUACCUCAAGGAAGGAUGCAUUUGACAUCCUUUUGGCUAACAUUCCUUUGUUUGAAAGUCGAUUGGGAGCCAUGCUAUUUCUUAUAUCUGCUUUGCUCUCGCGCGGAUUGGAAUAUAUCCAGGCAGACAGGGAUGAUCCAAGCCAGCCAUUGGUCACCGCUCCAUUUGGCCAUGCUUCACAGGAAAUUGUGAAUUUAUUACUUUGUGGAGAGGCUGUUCCAAAUGUAUUUGAUGGCAAGAUGGACCUUGGUGGUGGCAUGUCCUUGAAGGGCAUACCAAACAAUGUUGAAGUCGGGUUUCUUACCCUCCUCGAAUCACUAAAUUUGUGCAAGGUUGGUCAGUACCUGAAGUGCCCAAAGUGGCCGAUAUGGGUUGUGGGAAGUGAAAGCCACUACACUGUCCUUUUCGCCCUAAACCCCAACGUUCAAGAGGAAAAUGAGCUGGAAGAGCGCGAAUCCAGAAUAAGGCGGGCUUUUGAUGCACAAGAUCAAAGUGGAGGUGGAGGCUUUAUCAGCAUCGAGGGCUUCCAACAAGUUCUCAGGGAUACUGACAUAAAUUUUCCUUCAGAUAAGCUUGAGGACCUAUGUAAUGCUGGCAUUAUAGUAUGGAGUGAAUUCUGGCAGGCAUUGCUGCAGUUGGAUAAAAGGGCCGGAGGCAUGAAGGAUCCAACUGGCCUUAUGGGGAAGAAGCAAUUUAACAUCUUCCACUUCAAUGGAAUUGCCAAGUCUGUGCUGAAUGGGAAUGCAAGUGCAGGUGGCUCAGUUCCUAUACAGAGACCCAGGUUAUGCAAGCUAAAUGUCACUGUUCCCCCAAGGUGGAAUCAGGAUGAGUAUCUAGCCGAUGUUGUAAGUGCAUCAACCAGCAGCAGUAAGGAUGACAAUAUUCUUUCUCUAGCUCCGCCAGUUCAGACAUCUCAGCACGCGCCAUUAGUGGACUGCAUUAGGACACGGUGGCCGCGAGCAGUUUGUAGCUGGGCUGGAGAUAUGCCAAGUAUUGUCUGACACAGUGAACCUUGUGCCAGUCACUCUAGCUAUAUUGCUCAUAAUCCCAUUCAGAAGAAUCUACUCAGAGCAGGCUGCUUGAGCUUCCAGGACUGUUCAUGCCCUGCGAUAAGGAGGAAGAUGGGCUGGUGUUGUAAUUGCUCCGAGUUGAUGAGUAUAAGGUUUUGUUCUUUGAAAUGAGUGAUAUUUUGAUGUGUGUUUUUAUCAGGUACCUGAAUAUUCUUUUUUCCUUCUGUUGACAUUAGAUGUAUACUUGAUUUAUGAAUAUGUUUCAGGCUUGGGGUAAUUCUUUUCUGUACACAGAUAGUUUUGUUAAGUUUUCAUUUAUCUGACACAUUGCGUUGCCCCUUUCAUGCCGUUGUGCUAAUGAGUAAACGAGGAUUACACUGUUAAUAAUA